AUGGGCACUGCAUAUGAAAUAUGGGAGUCUCUUCAAGCCAUGUUUGGACAGCAGUCCGAUCAAUGCAUACAUGAGGCUACUAUAACCUAUAUGAACAUGAAAAUGAAGAAAGGAGUUUCUGUCAGAGAACAUGUUCUAGACAUGAUCAAUACAUUGCAUGAUGCAGAGGUUCAUGGAGCAACCAUUGAUGAGAGGACUCAAGUUAGCCUGAUACUUGAAUCUCUCACACCAGCUUUUUCCACAUUUACCACCAACUAUGUUAUGGAAAAGUUGGAGUAUAAUAUGGCUCAGCUGUUAAAUGAGAUGCAGACUUUUGAAUCACUCAAUAAGAGUAAUGCAAAAGUAGAAGUAGCAAAUACUGCUAAUUCUAAACCUUCCUCUUCAAAAGGGAAAAAUAACAAGAGAUAG